AUGUCGGACGGACUCAAUCAAGCCCGCGCGAUGCGAGUUGCGGAGAUCAUCAACGAUUAUCGUACUCUUCUGCUACACAUCCCCCAACAGAACGUUGAUGCAUCCCAAGACGAGUACUGGGAGGAGGGCUUUGUCGUGCUCCGCGAGUGCCUAGCCUCUGCUCAGAGCUUAAUGUCUGCCAACUAUCAAUCCUGUCCGGUGACAGGGCAAGGCAACGUCGAGACAGAAAAGGCCGAGCUCCAAAGAGUUAUCCUUGACAGUGCCGCACGCCGAUAUCAGGCGCACAAAAUUUACUUGCGAGCCGCCGCGGCCCGGCGAUGGGCCAUGACCCGCGCCAGCAUCUUGCGAGGCCAAAAAGCAACAGCCCAGCAUACCGCAGCUCUAAAGAGCGCUACGACUACACUUCACCAAGACCUGGCUCGCAUUACAGACACUUACGCUGUCUCUGAUCUCCGAGCCGCUGACAUGCGGGCAGGUCACUGGCUUGACGACGACCCGUCUUUGGACGCUAUCCGCCGUUGGGUCGGGACCCGGUAA